AUGCCGGGUGACGACAAAUUCGCCGAAGCUGUCAGGCCGGCAUUAGAAGCCCUCCUGUCUGAUUUACAGCACACGACCGAGGUGCUGCGUCGGGCGAAUCUCAGUGACAGAUAUGGUGGCUCACAAGAUUUAGAACCGAUUUAUCAAGAGCAGACAAGAAGAGCCCCCGUGAGUGUCACUUUGCACAACGUUGAUGGAGAAACGAAGCCAUCAGAAGAGUUGAACGAAGUCGCGCAAAUGAUCGGCCGAUACUCAAUGGAGAGAGCUCGUCUCUCACCGAAUACAUCAUCGCACACAUAUUCUGAUGCUGAGCGACGAUCGUAUGCUGAUGUGGACUCGGAUUACGCGAAUACCUCUCCUCAACCAACAAAUUCUGCAACGAUCAUCUCGAAUUUCCCAACAACAUCUAAAGUUGAUGAGCGACUUGACCGUCCUUCCGUUCACAGCCUCUUAAAUCAACUCGACGUUGCCGCUGGCUCGAAGCGCUCCCUCGGCGCCAACUCCUACAAUGAUGUGCGUCGCUCCCCCUCACAGGAUCCGAUGCAUGCGAACUCGAUGAUCGGCACUCUAAAAUCCGAUUAUUCGGCUCAACAUGGAGUGAACACGAUUCCAAAAGGAGAUUGUGCUGGAUGCACAAAGCCGAUCAUUGGACAGGUCGUCAUCGCUUUGGGGAAAAUGUGGCAUCCAGAGCAUUUCAACUGUUGCGAGUGUAAUGAUGAGUUGGGGCACAGAAAUUUCUUUGAACGAAACGGAAAAGCCUAUUGUGAAGACGAUUAUCAUAAUGCUUUCUCCCCGCGGUGUCACGGGUGCAAUCAAGCGAUUCGAGAUCGUUGUGUGACGGCAAUGGGGAAAAAUUUCCAUAUGCAAUGCUUUGUUUGUGUCGAGUGCGGUCGUGAGUUCGGCGAUGAGGGUUUCCAUGAGCGAGACGGUCGAGCCUAUUGUCGACGCGAUUUUUUCCGUCUCUUUGCCCCAAAAUGCAAUGGAUGCCAGAAUGCAAUCACGAACAACUUUAUCACCGCUCUCGGAACACAUUGGCAUCCAGAUUGUUUCGUUUGUCAGAUGUGUGGAACGGGUUUUGAUGGUGGAUCGUUCUUCGAUCACCAAGGAGCACCCCUUUGCGAGCAGCACUACCACGAGAAGCGCGGUUCUCUGUGCUCGGUUUGUCGUCAACCGAUCAGUGGUCGUUGUGUGUCAGCAAUGGGACUGAAGUUUCAUCCAGAGCAUUUCCGCUGCACCUACUGUGCUCGUCAAUUGACCAAGGGGAUCUUCAAAGAAGUCGACCGGAAACCAUUCUGUCAUAAAUGCUACAAUACCACUCAUGCGCUCACU